CCGACUGCCACAACAUUAUUUGAUCAGAGACUACUCACUGUUGUCAGUGUUCAACAUCAAAAUGGCCUCCAUCCCUCCUGCAUCGCGGACGGUUACUCCACAGGACGAUCCUGCCUCCAGCGUUCUGGGUUGCCUGAAAGAGACAUUAAGCAGCGGAGAAUUUAGUGAUAUGCAGUUCGCCCUUGGACGUCAGUUUGGCCCAGUGAAGAUCUUCCAAGCGCACAAAUACAUUCUGAGUAUGCGCAGCCCCGUUUUCCGUGCCAUGUUCUUUGGCAGUUUGCCCGAAAGCUGCGACGGUCCCAUCGAGAUCGCGGAUUUUAUUCCCGACGCGUUCGCCAAUUUGCUGAGUUACAUGUACACGGAUAAAGCGGAGAAUCUGAGCGCAGACAACGUGUUCCACACGAUGAACUCUGCUGACAAGUACGACUUUGCGCCAUUGAUACAGGUGUGCCUGGAGAUGAUCUACAGCCAGCUGAACGUCGACAACUGUCUAUCCGCCUUGGAACAAGCGCUUCACUGGCAUGCAGACGGUAUCGUGGAGAAGUGCUUGAAUUUGCUGGAUGAGGAGAGUCUGGCGAUCUUGCAGUCGCCGACAUUUACUGCCAUCAGUAAGGACCUGCUAGAGAUAAUUCUGGAGCGCGAAACCUUGUCCGCUGAGGAGUAUGACAUCUAUUUGGCUGUUGAAGAAUGGGACCAUGAAGCUUGUCAGCGGGAGGGUAUGGAUACAUCCGCCGAUAAUCGGCGCCAGAUGCUCGGCUCCGCAUUGUACAUGCUGCGGUUCCCUCUGUUGACCAGCGGACAACUGGCUGACGGCCCCGCACAGCACAGGGAUAUUGGCACGGACGCCUCACCAUCAUUGGCCCGGCUCACCAUCUGCCAGCUUUCCAAACACGACUGA